CGGCGACGCGGGCGCGCGACAUGGACGACGCAUGAUGUCCUUCCGCAGACUGCUCAGCGCGGCGCGUGCCGCUCGCGACGCGCUCACACGCGCUGCUCCCAUGGCUGACGGACUCCUUAAGUCCCUUGUAUCUGUCAUAGUUAUAUGUUGCAUUGCCGUGUCCUCGCCGCAGAGCGCGUCCGCCAAGCCCUUCGCCUUCAGUUUUCCCGCGAGCUGGUCUCUGGCUGGGCUAGUGGGCAGCGUUGGAGCCAGGUCGGAGGACGCGGAGAGACGAGAGCCGGCGGGCGUGAAGCCGUACACGGGUCGGAGAGUCGGGAACGACACUCUCCGUAUGAUAUACUACCACGAUCAGACGGUCGCAGUGGUGGAGCUCGGCGAGGAGAAGUUACUGUUGAACUGCGAGCUCAUCGAGACAUAUGAUGAGGACGACACGAGCCGACUACUUCGGCAGCUGAGCCGCAUCAACCGACCGCUGGGCAUCACUUUCCUGCAAAUGACCAAGCUCAUGGGACAAUGCCAGCAGGUGGAGGGCGUGGAGGGCGGCGCGGCGCGCGGGCGGGGGCGCGGCGCGGGCGCGGCGCACGAGCGCCUGCGGGCGGGCGGCGCGCACGCCGGCCUGCUGGGGGGCAGCCCUCUGUCGCUGCUGCAGGGGAUCAUCCCAGGUACGAAGUGGUGCGGCACGGGCGACAUAGCAGCGGACUACCACGAUCUGGGCGCGGACCGCUCGCUGGACCGCUGCUGCCGCACGCACGACCUGUGCCCCAGCAAGGUGCGCGCCUUCUCCCGCCGCUACAACCUCACCAACAACUCUCUCUACAGCAAGUCGCACUGCACCUGCGACGACAUGCUGUUCGACUGCCUCAAGGCCGCGAAUACAUCCGCAGCCCAUCUCAUGGGCCAUAUCUAUUUCAAUAUAGUUCAAGUUCCCUGCCUGGAAGACCUAGCCACCGGAAGACAUUUCAGGGAAGCGCGGCUAGGCUUCUAGUGACAUCUAGCGACGAAUAGUUAAAAUAGUGAAUCAGCGCCAUCUAUUAGUCAUGUUAGUCUGCACGGAUUUAUACGCUGUAUAUUAUUGCAUUUACUUGAGUUUGUGUAUCUGUAUGUCAUGAAAUAAGUGUAAAUAAUGUAAAGUUUAUUAACGUAAUUAAUGAUUAAAAUACACGUUAAACCUGUGAUAUGUCUGUGCCUUGAAUUAUUCUUUAAUGUAAAUUUAGAUGAUGGCGCUGACAUGUUCACGUAAUAUAAUUAGACAAUGAUUAUUUUGUAAUAGUAAGCUAAUUAUUUAUUUGUCAUAAUUAAGAUAACGAUGAAUCUAAUGAUAUUUAUUGUUUUAAACAGUUAACGUUAAUAUUGCAACUGAGCUACGAUCAAUUAAUACAUCGCUAACUAAUUCAAAUAUAAGU